AAUUUGUUUAAUGUAAAUGUACAAGGUAAUAAAAAAAUAAAAGUUCGGUGGUGAAAUUUCCUGCUUAUAUGCAGAGGAUAUAGAAAUAAUUAUACAUAAUAAAUCUAAGAGAAUAUUGUGUAUCUAUACUUAUACAGGGAUUUAUCUUUUUGGUGUUUACUUUAAUUUUUCAAUUUUAUCUUCUAAAUGAUUUUUUUAAAUUAAAAUAAUUAUUUUUUAAUUUUAUUCUUUAAAUGAUCUUUAUUUAAAUUUAAUUAUUUUCUUGAUUUGACUGUUUUCUGAAUUUAAUAAUUUUUAAUUAAAAAAUUAUCUAUAAAAUAAAUAAAAAUUAUGUACAAUAAAAUUAUAAUAAUAAUUUAUUAUUUUUAUUAUUAUAAAAAUAUGUAAACACAAUGCUGUGAGCAUCUGUUUUUACUUGUAUAUGGAAAUUCUAUUCUAAUUAUAAAUGAAAUUGUUAAAUUUGAUAUACAAAUGAUGAUAAUAUUGCAACACGUUACAGUUGUAUAACGUAAGCUUUGUAACUUUGUAACUAUUGAAUUAUACUUUCUUAACGUUUUUAUAUAGUAAAUAUAAUAUUUUUAUGUGUGUCAUUUACAAUCCAUCUGUGUCCAAUUUAUUGACAUGCCUAUGCCAUUAUCUCAUUAAGAUGUCUGCUAAGAUGUCCUCAUGAAGUUACACAUAUAUAAUGUUUAUUUAUUUUUAUUUGUAAGAAACUAUUAUUUUUUUAUAUUUUUAAUAAAUAAUGUUUAUUUAUUUUUACUUUCAAUAAGUUGAUUAAAAUUUGAACAAACAUUAUAAAAAUUAAAAAGAAUUAUAAAUAAUUUUUUUUUAAAAUUACAAAAAAGUAUGAUUUGUUAUAAAAAAUACAAGAAGUGAUAACGAUAGUUUACUAAAAAAAAAGAUAUAAGUGCAAUUUUAUUGAAUAUAUAAGAGGUAUAAAUGUUUACUUUAAAGUAAAAAAAAAAUAUCAAUAUCAUUUCAUAUAACUUCAAGUAAAUUUUCUAUUAUAAUAAUAAGUAUUUUUAACAUUUAAAUAUUUAUCAUGGUUAUUGUGAUCUUUUUUUAUGCUCUACUUAAGUCUAUUAAUUUAACAAGUACCAAGUUAUCAUGGAAGUUGCUGAUUGCCUUCUCUAAUGUGGACAUUAAAGCUACAUAAGGAAUGAUACAUCUAUCUGUAGAGGUCAGGAGCUCAGAUUUAAAGGACGAUUUUUCAUUCUUUCAAUCUUAACAAAAAAAAGUUUAAUGUUGAGAGAAAAAUUUAAGAUUUUAAUUAAAAAAAAAACCUAAAUACAGGUUUGCACUUACUCCUUCACUAAAAUAAAAGAAAUAUAUUAUAGAUUUUUCAUUCAUUCAAAGGUAUUAGUUAUAUGUUAAAAUACAAUGAUAACAUGGACAAACUUGUGCUUGAUUAAAUGUUUUGAAUCAAUAAAUUAAAAUAUGUAACUUAAAUUGUAUUUAUUUGGUUUUUUUAUAUUUAAAUUUUCCCUUUUUAUUCGUUUCACUUGAAAAAGUCUUCGUCUAUUUAAAGUCUUCAUUUAAUUAUUGUUCCUUUAUAGUUUCGGAUUAAAAAGGUAUAUAUUCUCAUUUAAAAAAACAAAUGGAAUCAGUAAAAAAUCACAACAUAACUUCAAAAUACAAGGAAUACUUUAUUUGACUUGAAGAAAAUGAAUAACACUUCCUUGUGAAAAAAACUAUUUAUUUAUAAUUUUAAAAUUUCUAAUAAAAUUAAUUAUUGUUCUUAUGAGUAUUAUUGAUACGAAAAUCUUAAUUUUUCAGAUAAUUGAUCUUUACCGAAAAAAUUAACUAUUCAUUUCAACCUCUCUUUUUUUUAACCUUCUCUCCAUCAAUUACUUUAUUCCACCUAACUAUUGGAAUCCAAAAUCUUAAUAUGAAAUCAGAGAAUAAGUUAGUAAAAAGUCCAAAGUUUUUGAAAAAAUUGAAAAUGAACAAGUCUGGUAGGAAGUCUCUAACAUGGUUGAGAUGGAGGGAGGUUCUUCAUGUAUUAAUGAAUGAAUGAGCUUUGUUACAGAGUUGCGGAUAAGGUUGAGGAUUGUACGGUUACAGCCAAUAGUCCCUUACCAUAUCUGCAAAUCAAGAUGCAGUUGCAGUUGCAGUUGCAGAUGCAGCUUUUAGAAAAAGAUAACAAAAUAAAGGCAAAGGAGAGUUUUGUUAAUUGAAAAUGUUACCAUGGAACUUCCCCAAUCCCACUGCCCUUUUGGACUCUUUCAUUUAAUCACCUAACUUUGAUAAUUUCCAGCUUAAUUUAUGAUUUACUAUUUUAUUUAUGUCAACUAAUGGAAUGGAGAUUCAUCCUCUUCUUUUCUGGACCAAACAAUAAUACACGUUUAAAGGUGUACAUAAAUAUGUACACAUAGAUUUCUGCUUUUGCUGGCUUUUUCUGCCACACCAUGUCUUCAAAAAAAUAAUAAUGUACCAUUCUCUGAUUCUGGACUCGGAUUUUCAAGGCUUCUUCCUUUGUACCUGUUGGUAUUUAACAUGGGUUAAUCACAUUUACCAUUUGUAAGUUUUUCUUUUUUGAAAAGUUGUAGUUCCUUUUGGGGGUAUAUUGAAACAGAAGCAAGGUAGAUUCCUGAUGUUAUUCCCUUACACCUUUCUGCCUUUUGAUUCCCAAGACGAGAAAAAAGUUCAUUUUAUCUCGUUAGAAGCCACAACACCUUUAGGUGGACAAGUCUCAUCACUUAUCCGUCUCUAUAUAUACUGAAAAAGCUAACUUUCGUAUCACUGCUCAUUGCUCAAUCUUCUUACACUCCUUUCUGCGUUUCACAAUAAACAUCUCAUCCUUCUAGGGGUGCCACUGUGGCAGAGCUAACAACAAUGGCAGAUCUAGGUGUUUUUCUGAAUCAAAGUUGUGCUGCUGGUGGAGGAGCAAUGGGAAACAAAGAUUUUGAUGAAGAUGUGUGGAGUGUGGACUACGAGAAAGAUGAUUCUGCCCCAAAUACCACAAGGGCAUGCAAGGAAUCUUGUGGUUCUUCUUCUUCAUGGCGUUUACCUACUGCCACAAGAAAGAUUCCAAGGGCUAGUUCCAACACCCCACCUUCUUCUGAUGCUCCAUUGUUGAAAGGUUCCUCAGAACCCAUGGAUAUCCCUGACUGGUCUAAAAUUUAUGGGAAGAGUUGCAAGAAAGGGUCAAAGGAUGAUGGUUCAUGCAGCAAAGGUGGUGAUGAUGAGGAUGAUGACAUGGUGCCUCCACAUGAAUGGAUUGCAAGAAAGCUUGCAAGAAGCCAGAUUUCUUCUUUCUCUGUGUGUGAAGGGAUGGGGAGGACUCUGAAAGGGAGAGAUCUUAGCAAGGUGAGGAAUGCUAUUUUGGCCAAAACUGGCUUCAUAGAGUAGUUCUUAGCGAAGUUGUCACCACAGUCUUCAAUUUCAACCAUGUCAUGUCUCAUCAUAUAAAAGCUUCAAAUUUUGGUGUCAUCAGGUGUCCUUUUCUGCAAGAGGAACUUGAAAUGGAACCCUUUUACAUGAAGCCAGAGCUGCCUUGUUUGUAUCUGUUUUUUGUUCUAAAGUUUUCUGGGAAAGGAAGGAUUUAUAGGGAAAGCAAAAGAAUGAGUGGAAGUGAGCAGUGGCAGCCUCUGAAAGUUUGUGUGGAUUUUUAAUGAGUUUUUGGUUUGAGGCUCAUGUGGGAUGCACCUUAUAAAUGGAAGAGUUGUUAUUUCUCAUUGUUUAUCGUUU